CUGCCACUCGGCUGCUCCUCAGCGAGGUCUGGCGGAGUGCCUGGCAAAAGAAUGGGGAGACGAUGCCAGCGCUCCGGUAUACAGCGUGCUCACUGAGAAACUUAACCCUCCGCUGGAAAUGUACCCAGGAAGGAUCUUGAAGAGACACACACAGCUCUGCCUAACAACAAUUUGCUAAGAGAUCGCUUUAUUCAAACUCAGCUUGGCAAAGCCAGGAUAUGAACAAUUAUACAGGUGGGCUACUCUGGGGGAGUGAAGACACAAGGCAUCCAAUCAGGGAUUGGCAACCUGCAGAACUGUUAAAAUGCCCCUCCAACAGAUUUCUGUAGUCCCAGCGCGGGAGACUGCCAGCAAUGGGAGAAGUUCAAUGGGCAGAAACAAAGAGAAGAGCAAGGAAGUCGAGAAUGACAAAUCCCCAGGGCGCUCUACAAGUCGAUCAAGUAACAUUUCAAAGGCAAGCAGUCCUACAACAGGAACAGCUCCUAGGAGUCAGUCACGGUUGUCUGUAUGCCCUUCUACUCAGGACAUCUGUAGGAUCUGUCACUGUGAGGGAGAUGAUGAAAGCCCCCUCAUCACACCAUGUCGCUGUACAGGGACCCUACGCUUUGUUCAUCAGGCCUGCCUGCACCAGUGGAUUAAAAGCUCAGAUACACGCUGUUGUGAACUCUGCAAGUAUGACUUUAUAAUGGAGACCAAGCUCAAACCUCUCCGGAAGUGGGAGAAACUACAGAUGACAACAAGUGAAAGGAGGAAGAUAGUCUGUUCAGUUACAUUCCAUAUUAUUGCUAUUACCUGCGUUGUUUGGUCAUUAUAUGUUUUAAUAGAUCGGACUGCUGAGGAAAUUAAGCAAGGCAAUGACAAUGGUGUCCUUGAAUGGCCAUUUUGGACAAAACUGGUUGUGGUAGCAAUUGGGUUCACUGGAGGCCUAGUCUUCAUGUACGUGCAGUGUAAAGUCUACAUUCAGUUGUGGCGCAGAUUGAAGGCUUACAAUCGAGUGAUCUUUGUUCAAAACUGCCCGGACACUGCUAAAAAACUGGAGAAGAACUCUUCAUGGAUUCAGAACUCUGAAACCAAGGAUGCUGUGGUAGUACCAGUAUCACAGACAGGUACAAACUCACAGCAAUCAGCUGAAGAAAUGACCUCUGAGGUCAUGCCAGUUUGACAGAAGUGGCAUUAUUUCUUCAUUGAAGGUGUGCGUGUUUUUUUACACCACAGCCAUUACAGAAAGUAGAAACAAUCAUGCAUUUUAAAUAAAAGAACAAAACACCCUGACCAGGGAAAUGGAUACAGUGAAGUAACAUGCAUUACUUAUGGAAUGUGACCGUUCGUGAAAUAGAAUUCUCAGUCAGCCAGGUGUAGUGGAAGUGUAGAAAGCACAACAAAUAACAAUUCUAACAGACAGUGUCAAACAGACAUGACAAAAUGACCUUUUGAAACUGGAUGACCAGAAGGAAUUGGAAACAGACCUGCUAUAACUGUUCUGUUACAGAAAACAUCAACAACUUUCCAUUUAUUUGUUACCACUAGACAUCCUAUUCGCUAAUCAUCAUCUUAAAAAUACACUUCAUGGUGACAAUACUAAAAAGUCAUUCGCAUUCAACUUAUAUCAACAAAGUAAACAGUCCUGCACCAUGUCACUCACUUUCUAAAUCUCAAAGUAAUCGUUAAAUAGUUGAAUGGCUACAUUGGAGCCUGAAUGUUUUGGCAGCCAUGUGAGCUGAGGAUAUGUGAAGCACACAUUCAAUGCUUUUGGAUAGAUGUUUACUUGUUGAAAUUGCUUAUUUUGCAAAAAAAACAAAAACAAAAAAAAAAGUCUUCAAGUCCUCUAAUUGCCUCAAACAAUUCCUUGGUCCCAUAAAAUACAAGUAUUAUUUAGCCACAAGGCUAAAAUUAUUAGCUCUACAUCUGGAACAACACUUUCAGUGCUGCUUAUCUUAAACUAAAAUAAAUGACACUUGUUAAGUGGCGAAUUAAUGUGAACUCUGCCAAUAUAUGUAGAAAGGAUAUAUAGAAAGUUUUUCUCCAAAAUGGAAAAAGACAAAAGUAUAAUUGGAGGCAUUACAGGUUGAAGCAUGCAGUACAUUACAAAAGAAUAUGAAAUGAAUUUAUACCCUCACACCCCUAGGAAUGACAGUUAAAGAUGGAGCGGGGGCAGAAUUUUUUAAGAGUUCAUGCUUCAGCAAUUAAGGUAAUCACAAAAGAACAUACCUGGACCUAUUAAAAGAUGCCAGUAUCGCCCUGUUCUGACUUGACUGGAUAGUUCUCCUCUGUUCAGGAUUGAGCGAUUAGGGAUUCAACAGUUCAGUUGUUAAUUUUGUGUUUUGAGCAUUUUCAUGUAAAACUGAAGUGUGAAUAAUAUUAAAGAGUGCAAUAGAUAAAUGAAUGUAGAUAAAAUGAUAUCCAAAGGUGAGUUACAUAAAGAAUUUUGUGAUUCA